GUCUUGUUAUGUUACAGUUUUCAUUUUCAUUCGGCGGCAGUAUAACGUGCAAGUCUAGCUAGAUCUAGGAGACUUCGACACGAGAGUAAAAUACCUAUAGGAAUUAAAACAUGUCUCUAUCACAGAAAAUGUUUGCCUGCAGUGGCUUUAUGCUCGUCGUCGUGCUAGCGGUGUUCACACGAGCCAUACCCGUCCCGGUACCCGAAGAAGCGCAACCAGCCGAGUACAGACAGUUCGUGUCUGCUCAGGUGAUGGAGUCCGUGGACGAACCGGCGGCGUUGUCGGUACAUCGAGAUGUACAAGUCGACCCCGCGGUGGUCAGGCCCAUCCGGUCAGCCAGUCCGUUCCUCGGCAUCUUAAGUGGUUUUGAAAAGCCGUACAAGACYCAGCAACACCAUCACCACUACCAUCAGGAAGAGCACGAGUAUGAGCCCGARUAUCAUCAUGAGCCUGAGUACCAUCACAGGCCYCAAUACCACAAGCCACAACACCACAAGCCACAAUACCACCACCAGCAGCGGCCACAACAACACGGCGGCGGCAGCGGUGCGGGAAGUUACGCUUCGGCGGGAAGCUUCUCAGGCGGUCACGGUGGCAGUAAUGGUCAUAGCCAGAGCGCGGCCAACAGCCAGUCCGCCAGUUUUGGAUUUGGUCCGUUCCAGGCCAGUUAUUCAGCUAGUUCGGCGCAUUCGGGUAGCCAUUCCGACGGAGGAUUUUCAGACUAUUGAUUGCCACUUACAUUCAAGAUCAUUUGAAUUCUUAGCAUUUAUUCAAUAAUUGUGAUUUUUAAUUUAUUUGUUUUUUAUUUUUAUUUUUAUUUUUAUAGAACUUCUAUA